UUCCCUCUUUGUUCGGGAAGUGAAAUCUAGUGUCUCUUGAUUUCUGUAGACAUGCAAAUGGAUGUUAGGGAUAUGAGUAAAUUCUUUGAUGAAUCAUUUAAUUGUGCCCCCGUCCUGCUCGCCCAGUUCGACGACACCCAGCUCCUCUCCGAUUACAACUUGCUGGAGGAGACGAGCCUGGUGAGGGAGUCGGCCCACAGGCUGCUCGGCGACUUCGGCGGCAACUUCGGCCGGAACUUUGAGGGACGCCCGGGCGCCAAGCUGCCGCCGUCGCUCGUCGCCCUCCGCAAGGCCGCGGAGCGCCGCGGCGUCCGGCUCUUCUUCCUCCACCACGGCAUGACCAGGAGGGCGCAGAACCGCUCACGGCACGACAACAGGUGGCAAUGACAAGAGCAUAUUGUGAAGAGGAAGAGGAUGAGAAGAAACAUGUGGUUCUCAUCCAAUCUUUGUGGAACUCUCUUUAUGUGCGAUUGUGCAUUUGUUGGGUCUUUUUUCUGUGCACUUGCACUUGCAGAAGUAUCAUGUUGUGUACAUGUAAAAUUAUUUUGAUGUGCCCUUGUUAGGCGUUGAACCUUAAUGCGUGGAGUCGAUGGAUGAUGUAUUGUAUUUGAUGUGAUAUGCUACUGAAAUGAAAUAUACAUUUUACUUGCAAUCUUUUAUUUUAUAGUACUUA